AGUACAUUCAGAUGCACUGGGAAGAAAAAUUCACUGGGAGAAAACAUUUAACCUCAUUUGUAUCAGCUCACGGUUAAAUCUCCCAUGCCAUGUUUUACUGCGUACUGGAUUUACUACACUGGUGCUGAUGCUGGAGUGUCAGGGAAUUUCUGUAGUUACGGCUUCUGGUGCCCCGAUAAAUGAUUUGUAGUCACUGCCUUCUUCCUGAAACACUCCAUCUCCAAUUAACGAGUUAGUCAGCUUCUUCUCGCAAAACGGCUGUGUGCAAUUGAGGUAUGGGCUAUGGUUGGCCUGACAUUUUGACUUAAUACACCAGGUGGUUGUGUGUUCCUAACCAUCCCAUCUGUUUGAUUUUCCCAAACAGAGGAGGAAUACCAGUGGCAAUUUGGGGCAUAAUAAAGACCCUAGGAACGCUACAUAUGCUUAUCGUCAUUGAGUCUACUGGAAUAUUUAUGACCACAACAAGGGCCUCACUGAGUGAGGAAAAUGCCACCUGUCACCUCCUUCUGUCACCUGUGCUGAGUCCUCGAGGGUCCCCAGGGAGGGUCACCUGGAGAGCCAACCCUGGAGAAGGAGCAGAGAAGAAGCCAUGCCAGCUGUGAGCCACACAAGCAGUCGUCACAAGUGAGACUGUCCUCCUGCCUCUCCUAAACCCAGGCAGGGUGGCCACUGCGGGUGUAGAGGUGUGUGACAGCAUGAAGAACCGAAUCCCCGUGGUGCUUCUGGCCUGUGGUUCCUUCAACCCCAUCACGAAUAUGCACCUGCGCUUGUUUGAGGUGGCCAGAGACCACCUACACCAAACAGGAAGGUACCAGGUGAUUGAGGGCAUCAUCUCACCCGUCAAUGACAGCUAUGGGAAGAAAGACCUGGUGGCUUCCCAUCACCGAGUGGCCAUGGCCCGGCUGGCCCUGCAGACAUCUGACUGGAUUCGGGUGGACCCCUGGGAGAGUGAGCAGGCGCAGUGGAUGGAAACGGUGAAGGUGCUGAGGCACCAUCACAGGGAACUGCUCAGAUCCUCAGCCCAGAUGGAUGGCCCAGACGCCAGCAAGACACCAUCAGCCUCUGCAGCACUGCCAGAGUUGAAACUCCUCUGUGGAGCUGAUGUCCUCAAGACCUUCCAGACCCCCAACCUCUGGAAAGACAGGCACAUCCAGGAGAUAGUGGAGAAGUUCGGCUUGGUGUGCGUGAGCAGGAGCGGCCAUGACCCGGAAAGGUACAUCUCGGACUCGCCCAUCCUCCAGCAGUUUCAGCACAACAUUUACCUGGCCAGGGAACCCGUUCUGAACGAGAUCAGUGCCACCUACGUCAGGAAAGCCUUGGGCCAAGGGCAGAGCGUGAAGUACCUCCUUCCCGAGGCCGUCAUCACCUACAUCAGGGACCAGGGCCUCUACAUCAAUGACGGUUCCUGGAAAGGGAAAGGGAAGUCUGGCUAGAGGGCCUCCUGGGGAGUUGGGGUUAUUCUGCUCUGGGUUCUGGGUUUGUUUCCACAGUGGUUUUUACCAUGGGUGACUUCCUAUUCCAGGAAGAGUUUGUGCCUGUGGCAGAGACAGUCAACGUAUCAGAGCAACUUAAGAGGCAUGACAGGUCAUAAGAUUAGGGUCACUAAGGAGGAUACCUGCUUACUGUGUAAAUGGCAGUCAUGGGAGGCACACUGAUGCUGUUCUGAGCAUGGUUGGCCCCUGAGGGGUCCAUCAAGUCGCCUUCGCCUUCGUUCGGGUUUUGGUUUUGUUUUUUGUUUUAUAGCUCGGGCCAGGUGCAACAUGCUGGUCUUGAUAGGCAGAGUUUGACAGGGUGCUAAUUACUGAGCAGAGGACUUUUUCAACAUCCUCAUUUUAAACAAUAAUAGCAAGUAAGGAUUCAGAAAUCUGGAAACAGCACAUUAUUGAUUUCCAAUGUAUUCUCCCUUGUAACCAUGGCCUGCCUGCCUAUCUGUCUGUCUGCCGCCUGCCCGUGGGGUAACAUAAAAUUUUUGACCACCCUCUUUCUAUGUUGAAGUCAAGUGAUAUGUGUUUAAGAUCUAUUUUAUUAUAUGCGAGUAUAUGUGUAUGCAUGUGUCUGUGUAUGUGUGUGUACAUGCACAUGGGAGGGACAUCAGAGUGCCUGAAGCCCAAGUUACUGGCAGUUGUGAGCCCCCUGAUGUGGGUGCUGGAACCCAAACUCCAGUCUUAGGGAAGAUCAGCAAGAGAGUACUUAACCACUGAGCCAUCUCUCCAGCCCCCUCAAGCAAUAUUUUUGAUACACCAUGUAUUUUUACACUGCUACACUCUAAACACCAGGGUCCCCAAUAUCCUGAUUUCUAAAAAGGAACCGAAGUAAAACAGAUGCCUGGCUGUUUUAGAAGAUCUUUUGAAUGUUUUAUGACUGCCUGCUUGUUUGAAUAUUGGCAAAAAGAUAAAUAAUAAAUUGACAUCAAAAAAUACUAA